AGUACACAGAAAACGAAGGCUACCCCGUUUUGCUGCUUUGGCUCUGCCGCCGCUCACUCUCUCCUUCUCCUUCGUCUCAGACAGAGCUCUCUUCCGUCGGAGCAGGACACACCAAUCAGUGACACAAGUUGAAAGCUUUUGCUUUCCCAGCUCAGUCUUAGGGGAGGAGGUCUAGAGAGACAACAUGUGGAGGAGACUACUAGUAUCCUCAUCACCAUUGAGGCUUCAAGCUUUUGGCUUCAGCCGUCCGUUCCUCGUUUAUUCAGCAUCUUCAUUGGCUGUGGAACCGUUUCACGGGUCAUUUACUCUGUCAUCAUUCCACGCUUCUUUCGCCUUUUCUUCUAGCCCUGCAUUUGCUACAAAUCACGAGCACGACGAAGUUCAAUCUCAGCUUGAGAGGCAGCAUGUGCAUGUGAACGUGGACCAGUAUUUUCAGUUGAUGGAUGCUUACGGGGAGGCUAAAGCUCUUGAAGAAGCAAAAGCUGUUCAUGGAAAGGUGAUGUUACUGUCUCCUUUAGAAGUGAGCACCUACAAUAGAAUUUUAGAGAUGUAUUCAAAAUGUGGUUCUAUGGAGGAUGCAUCAAUGGUUUUCAAUAAUAUGCCGAAGCGCAAUUUGACAUCUUGGGACAUUAUGAUAACAUGGUCUGCUAAAAAUGGUCAUGGGGAAGAUGCUAUUGAUCUAUUUACUCAAUUCAAGGAAGCAGGGCUGAAACCCGAUAGGAAAAUGUUUAUUGGGGUUUUCUAUGCUUGUAGUAUUGUGGGAGAUGCAAAUGAAGGAUUAUUGCAUUUUGAAUCAAUGAGGAAAGAUUAUGGGAUUGUCCCAACCAUGGAUCAUUAUGUGAGUGUAGUAGAUAUGCUCGGAUCUAUAGGUUUGCUGGAUGAGGCUUUGGAGUUCAUUAAAAAAAUGACAUUGGAACCUAAUGUUGAUGUUUGGAAAACCUUGAUGCAUUAUUGUAGAGUUCAUGGGUUCUUGGAGCUUGGGGACUGUUGUGCUGAGCUAGUCGAUCAACUGGAUCCUUCUUGCUUAAAUGAGCAAGCAAAGGCUGGCCUUAUUCCUGUGAGUGAAUCAGACCUUUUUAAGGAGAAGGAGAAGAAACAAUUAGCCUCAAAAAAUCUUUUAGAAGCCAGAAGUCGAGUCCAUGAAUAUAGAGCAGGAGAUAGAUCUCAUCCUGAUCAUGAGAAGUUUUACUCUCUACUUAGGGGUUUGAGGGAACAAAUGAAGGAGGCUGGUUACAUCCCAGAGACUAGAUUUGUGUUGCAUGAUAUAGAUCAGGAAGGCAAGGAAGAUGCUUUGCUUAGCCACAGUGAGAGAAUUGCUGUUGCGGAUGGUCUCCUUGCCAGCUCAGCUCGUUCACCUAUUAGGGUAAUCAAGAAUCUUCGUGUAUGUGGUGAUUGCCACUCUGCGUUAAAGAUCAUCUCCAAAAUUGUAGGUAGGGAACUUAUUAUGCGAGAUGCUAAAAGGUUCCACCAUCUCAAAGACGGCAAGUGCUCUUGCAAUGAUUAUUGGUGAACAACUGGAUUUAAGCUGUUGUUUAUCUCAUGUAUUAUUCAGAUCUCAUUAAGCUUGCAUCUGGAAAAGAAUAACAAUUUAUCUCUUUCCUCUACAUAUUUCACCAGAAAUAUUGAGUAUAUUUUUUUUCGCUUUUCCUGCUUUUAACUGAGAGAACUGCAGUCCUCCAGAAAUUAUAAUGUUGGAGUAAAAACAGAAGAAACUAAUAUGUACUCAUCUUGAAAUUAUCUGCAGGCUCAAAAAGCUCUUACAAAUGUUGAGCCUAGGAUAUUUUCUUACAUCU